AUGUCCUGGUACCGCAACGCCGUGUGGUUCGUGAAGGGGCUGCGGGAGUACACGAGGAGUGGCUAUGAGUCUGCUUCCAAGCACUUCAAUCCAGCCGAUGUGGAGGUGAAUGUGGCUGGAAGAUCCUUUCUGGUCACCGGCGCGAACAGUGGCAUUGGCAAGGCCACAGCCAAAGAGAUAGCGAGGAGAGGUGGCACGGUUCAUCUGGUUUGCCGAAAUAAGGAACGGGCUGAGGUCGCCAAAGGAGAAAUAGUGGCAGAAACGGGCAAUCAGAAUAUCUUCUUGCAUAUUGUGGAUAUAUCUAAUCCCAAGGAAAUCUGGAAGUUUGCUGAAAAAUUCAAAAAUGAACAUAAAUUAAAUGUGUUGAUCAACAAUGCAGGAUGUAUGGUGAAUAACAGAGAAUUAACUGAAGAUGGACUUGAAAAAAACUUUGCAACAAACACUUUGGGUACAUACAUUCUGACAACUGCCCUGCUGCCCCUCCUGGAAAAAGAAGCUGAUGCCAGAGUGAUAACUGUCUCUUCGGGGGGCAUGCUAGUUCAAAAAUUAAACAUAUCUGACUUGCAGUCAGGAAAUGGGACAUUUGAUGGAACUAUGGUGUAUGCACAAAACAAGGUACAGUCCAUGAGACAGCAAGUUGUCUUGACAGAACAGUGGGCAAAAGCUCACAGAAACAUCCAUUUCUCUGUUAUGCACCCCGGCUGGGCAGACACUCCAGCUGUGAGAUCGUCAAUGCCAGAUUUCUAUCAGAAGAUGAAGAAUACUCUGCGCACAGAGACCCAGGGAGCUGAUACUGUUGUAUGGUUGGCCGUAUCACCUGAAGCAACAAAGUUACCGAGCGGCUUGUUCUUCCAAGACAGGCAACCAGUCCCUACGCAUUUACCCCUGGCAAGCACCCACAGUCCACCAGAGGAUGAGGAGAAGCUAAUGGAGGUGCUGGAAGAGUUCUCCCAGAAGUUUAAAUCCACUUCUCCAGGAAUUUAGUGUCACUGCUG